AAGCGUGUAUAUGACAUAGAGCGUAUCGACAGCAAACACCAGCGAACUUUGCCUGACAAAACACGUUUCUCAUAUUUGUUGAAAUUAAGCUUGUGUUCAAAAUGUCUACAACGGAAAACACAGAAGAAACCCCAGUUUUAACAGAAGAAAUCGAUAAUUUACAAAUGUCGAGAGGGGAAAAGCCAGAACCGUGCGACUUCAAAUUCAACUUUGCCAAAGCGAGGGACAUGUACGUCUUGGAUGAAGGGGGCAACAAAAUUAGAUUCGGCGACAUUUACAAGCAUCAGAAGACAAUUAUCGUAUUCUCCAGGCAUUUUCUUUGCUUCAUAUGUAAAGACUACAUUGAAGAUUUAGCAAGAAUACCACUGGAAUAUCUACAGGAAGCUGAUGUUAGAGUUGUUGUGAUAGGUCCUGCUCCAAACAAGUUUAUUCAGACAUUCAAGAAAGAAACUGGAUACAUGUACACAAUGUACACAGAUCCUGAGGCGGAACUUUAUAAAGCCUUGGGAAUGAAGAGUAACCCAAAUUAUGGAGACAAUGCAAAAAAGAACAAACAUAUUAAACAUAAUAUGGUCUCGGGAAUCUUCAGCAGUACGUGGAGGGCCAUGAAAUGCCAGGAGUAUCAGGGAAAUGUACGACAGCAGGGGGCAGAGUAUAUUCUUGGACCAGGUGAAGAAGUCCAUUUCAUGCACAUCUGUGAGAGUUCCACCGACCAAACUCCAAUUAAUGACCUUUUACAGUUAGCGGGGGUCAAGCAAGUGAGUUUUCCGAAUGACACAAGGGUCAUCGAUGUGUAAGCUUGGAAACAAAGGAGGCACCAUUGUGUUCAGAAAAUUUUAUAGAAAUAUUACUGUGCUGAAUAGUUUACUUUGUUGAUGUAGGAAAUCAACAGUGUUUUAUUUAUUUACAUCUAUUUCAAAAGUGAAUGCACAUCAAUUGUUGAUACUGUAACAAAAUAAUUUUGAAUGUGCAUUUAUAAUUCUGAACAUUUGUAACUUUCCAUAUAAGAUUAACAAUUAACUGGUAAUUAAUGUAUAGUAAUAUUAUGAUAAGUCUCCUUGCAUACAGAGAAUAAAUAUAUGGAUCUUGCCUGUCAUGCAUGGUGGAGAAAUUUCAUUUUGUAUCAUAUUUUUUAAUCAGACUUGCAUUUUGGAGAGUUAUUGCUCUUUGUGAAUGAGAUUUAUAUAUGCAUGAAACGAUGCUGAACCAAUGCUGUAACGUACUGUGAAGAAGAAAUAUAUUUAUAAUGUGUGGCGUUAGUUGUGGUUUUUUUUAAAGUCUGUUUAUCUACACUUUUACAUCCUAACGAUUUGUAUUUUUGUGCAAUUAUUUAUAGCUCACACAAAACAAUGUGAUAUUUGUUUUUGGUACUGAGUAAUAUAUUCCAAUAAAUUAUCAAUCAGGAAUUGUAUAUACAUGUAUAUGUACUUUGAUUGCAUGAUUUGCUGUCCUUUGUUCUGCUGAGUUUGCAUUUUUUUUCGAAGUAUUUUGUUCCACAGAAUGAUAUAUUACAUGUAGGUUUAUAGAUUUAAAAAACUGUUACUGCUUUGGAAAAUUCAUGUUUUCCAGCCAUAUUGUUUGUGUUAUGAAAGUAGCAAUAAGAAAAAAUCUUCUGUUUUACUGAAUGAUAUGUAUAAGGUUUAUUGCGGCAGAGCUAUAGCAAUAUCUUUAUAAUCUUAAGUUUCCAAGAAAUGUAGCAAUUAGAAAACUUAAUUAGCUCUGUUCUUAAUUAUGGAAUGAGUAAGAGUUUGAGAUGUUCUUAAAUUAUAUACUGUGUAUAUCAUUUUUCAUAAAGAAUCCAUUUUCAACUGCAUUGUAUUUAUUUUUUUGUUGAAUUUAAUUUAAUAAAAGUAAACACAUAUCAAGCUG